AUGCUGGCACCACCACCAUCCCCUCCCCCAGUUCGUCCAUCUGGCCUACCUGAACGGAAGAGGCAACUGCCCACCCCCUUCCGACACCACGACCCACUGCCUGAAGCAGUUCCUGCUACGACUGCUGCAGUUACGAUCUGUAACAAGUUUGGGUUAUAUUGCAAGUAUCAACAUCGACCAUCCUACAAUCCUGAUUCAUCCGUACCCUUCGAUGAUCUGGCAAACCAACACCCACAUAGUGAUGAGCAGGUUGAGCAACAGAAUGUUGAAGAGACGAACAAUUCAUCUCCACCUUGGCCCUUCAACUCAAUGGCUGUACAUCAGCUCAUGUCUUGGAUGAACACUGGGAGCUCAGCUAAGACGUAUGGGGAACUGGAUCGACUUGCCAAUAUAAUCUCGUCACCCGAUUUUGAUGCCAAUGAUUUGAUUGGCUUCAGUGCAAAGCGGGAGAGUCAGCGGUUAGAUACAGCGAAGAGUGAAGACUGUUCUGGGGCUUUUAUUAAUGGGUUCACCAAGACAAGUGUUGAUAUUGAGGUACCGUCAGGACAAAAAGGCGUGCCACUGCAGAAGUUCACCGUUCAGAACUUACUUUAUCGGGAUCUUCUUGACACUAUCAAGUUGGCGUUCUCUCAUCCACUUUCUCUUAAAUUCCACCUCUCUCCUUUCAAACUAUUUCAUGUCUCCGAUGAACAGGCGGAGCCGAUGCGAGUGUACAGCGAGCUUUACAACUCAGACUCAUUCAUUAAGGAACACGACAAAGUACAGCGAGCCGAUUUGCCAUCCGAGGAGACUGAGUGUAAGCGUGAAUGUGUAGUGGCGGCCAUGAUGUUUUGGUCGGAUGCUACACAACUUGCUAACUUCGGUGAUGCCAAACUGUGGCCCAUCUAUCUUUUUUUUGGCAACUUAUUGAAAUACAUCUCUGCCCAGCCACGGAGUGGUGCCUGUCACCAUAUUGCUUAUAUAUCUUCAGUAAGCUGA